AUGUACCUACCAGCAAAACCAGACAAGUACGGUCUCAAAAUUAUUUCUAUCUGCGAUGCCAAAACUUUUUAUUUUUAUGGAGGAAUCCCGUAUAUUGGCAAAGAAACACGCAACCGAAAUGAUUUACUUAUACCUACCCAAUAUGUUCUGAACCUAGUGGAACCAAUUAUGGGAACAAACAGAAACGUCACAACCGACAACUGGUUCACCUCUAUUGAAUUAGCAGAACAGUUACGUGUUAAAAAACUGACAUUAGUAGGUACGUUGAGAAAAAAUAAACGCGAAGUUCCUCCACACAUGCUAGUCGUAAAAAAUUUACCACCAAUGACCACAAGAUUUCUGCAUGCACCUGAGAUGACAUUGUUGUCUUUCUCAAAAACCAAAAAUAAAAACGUUUUAGUGCUUUCGACAAUGCAUGAAACUGAGACAAUAAACGAAAUAUCGAAAAAACCGGAACAAAUCGAAUUCUACAAUAAAACAAAAGGAGGUGUUGAUGUAUUUGACAAACUUUGCCACCAAUAUUCUUCAACCAGAAAAACCAACCGAUAG